GUAGCUGCAAAACGCCGUGAUAUCGAAAUGUUAUUUUAUUUAUUAUAUUACUAAAACGUUUAUUAUAAUUUAUCAAUGAAAUGGCAGCUCAUGUUAUGUGCCUCACCUCCGCAGGAGGGAUUCCAGUGUUUACUAGAAGAAAAGGAGAAGGAGAAAUGAUGACGUUCUCUAAAAUGGCGUCCCUUAAUGGAGUACAUAUGUUUUUGAAGUCACAAAAUGCAGAUCUUUUGGUCACUUAUAUGCCUGACACAACGGUGGUAUGGAAGGAGUUUGAAGGGUGUAUAACGCUUAUAGUCAUGGCCAGUGGUACUACAAAAUAUGUCCUCGAUAAGUUUCUAACAUUGGUGUUUAACGCAAUGGUUCUGGUAGCUGGUAUAGAUGAAAUAAAGAAUCCUCGGAAUUUAGAAAGGUUGAAGAAGGAUCUAAGAGUCUGCAAUCCUAUUAUUGAUAAACUGUUGGAGUGCCUCGAUAUUGGAGACCGCAUAGGUUCAAAAACAGAUUUAAUUGACAUGACGGAAAGUAUCAUGUAUACUGAGAAUCAUUUAUUUCAGACUUGUCUCGAUGCUUACAUGGAAAGCUUGGAUUCUAUGUAUGGUUGUCUCUUAGUGCAUGGUUGUUUAGCUGUAGCAACUGAGUGUUGGUGGACCCUAGAUACCAUUGAAAGGAAAUUAUUAAUAGCAGCUAUGAAUUCAGAUAGCAAUUAUACUGCUCGUGACAUGCCAGUAUUCCUACCCUAUAAAAGUCCAAAUGUAGCAUUUAGACUAGUCUCAGUGACUUUGGUAAAUCACAUAGAAGUCCUCGCACUUUGUGGAACAAUGCCAGAACUACCAGAAAUUGAAAGAUUGGCUAUUCAAUGCUGGAGAAGUAGUAUCGACAUACUGCGUACUUCCGAACUGUACUACCCCAGAAAUUUCCCUGUUGGAACGUCAUUAGAUUCUGGUAUUCUUGGGUUUUUAUUAGCAAACUACAAGGUGGAAAAGUUUGUGUUAAGUAGAAAUUCUCAACAUUCUAAAAACCGUAUCACAGGGGCACAUCGAUUGGAUACCUUACGAACAUUCUACUAUCAGGCAGUAGAAACGUUCAUGCUUCUCGACGAUACGCAAGAAGCAAAUAAAGAAAGAAGUACUAAUUGUUCUAUGAAUCCCACUUCAAGGCAUAAUAGCGAAGGAUUAUUUCAUGGAGCAAAAGAAACUUAUUGGUGUUCCGAAUACCAUAAGUGCCAUGCGCUUAAAGAUGACAGUCACAUAUUUUGUGUCUUGUAUACAUCCACCAUUCCUACUCAUACCAUGCGAUUGAUUACACAAAAAACCUUGAAGACACUUUUAGCAGAUAAACUAGUUUGCUGGUAAAAUAACGCGUGUAAUCGUUAGCUUAUGUACCUAGACUUCGUCAAAGAAUCACUUAGGGUGCCACAACUUAAGUUAACCGAAGUUUAACUGAUUUACACCCGGUUAAACUAGAAACGAGUUAACUGGGGUUUAAGUGCCUUACAGCAGGUUUAAACCGGGGUUUAAGUAUUUUGCAACAGAUGGAAACCGGAGUUUACGUGGUUUAUAUGCAGUUUAAACUAGUUAAACUUCAGUUAACUCGAGUUGUGGAACCAGGCUAUAAUAAACUGG